UCCUGAAUCGAUAAAAAGGCAACGAGUUGGUGGAGACGACAACGAGCGAGAUCAGUCAUGGCAGCGCUUGCUACGGGGACUUCUCGAACGGCUCACAAUGACGUCGGCCCGAGGCGAAAGAAAGGACCGGGAGCGCUGGCGACAGCGUAUCUGGUCAUAUAUAACGUGGUCAUGACAGCCGGGUGGCUGGUCAUCGCCGUGGGGCUGGUGCGGGCGUACCUGGCCAAAGGCAGCUACCACGGGCUGUUCUACUCCAUAGAGAAGCCCCUCAAGUUCUUCCAAACCGGGGCCCUGCUGGAGGUUUUGCACUGCGCUGUCGGUAUUGUGCCCUCGUCGGUGGUGCUGACGGGCUUCCAAGUGAUGUCCCGCGUGUUUCUCACCUGGGCUGUGACGCACAGCGUGCGCGAGGUGCAGAAUGAAGACAGCGUUCUCCUGUUUGUGGUCGCCUGGACCAUAACGGAGAUCAUCCGCUACUCCUUCUACACGUUCAGUCUGCUCAAUCACCUGCCGUAUCUCAUCAAGUGGGCGAGGUACACCCUCUUCAUCGUGCUUUACCCCAUGGGGGUGACGGGGGAGCUGCUUACGAUCUACGCCGCCCUCCCCUUCGUCCAGAAGACGGGCCUCUACUCCAUCACCCUGCCCAACAAAUACAACUUCUCCUUCGACUACCACUCCUUCCUCAUCGUCACCAUGGUCUCCUACAUCCCCAUUUUCCCCCAGCUGUAUUUCCACAUGAUGCGACAGAGAAAGAAGGUUCUGGGCCACUUGGCGGACUACAGCAAAUUUGAAUGAACGCUCGCGGGGGACCGCAAGAGAAAGCAGACCGUAUCUACGAGGCGGAAGCAUAACCUUUUAAAGCGUUUCGCGCGACAAAUUAGAAUUUCCGCUCGUCAAAAAAGAACCCAUCUCUACUUGAAUCAGAAAAUGACAUGGGGAUGGUCAGUGCUAGUUUGUGAACUGUAAAGUGUUUGGGCCGUCACCCUUGGUAACAAUUUAAACAUAAACUAAUAUAUAGACUGCUUUUUUUUUUUCAGUAAGCGAAUGCAGUUAUGAUGCUCUCAAAAGUGCUUAGUAUGUGAAAACGGAUAGAUAUGUAUAGUUGCACUCAAAUGAUGCUAUGACUGUUGGUUAUGGUCAAAUUAUUUUCUAUGAAUGACAUGUUCCUUAAUGGUCAGAGACCGACACAGAAUUAAAUUCCUUUACACUAUAACCCCCCCCCCAUUUUUAAACCAAAAACUUUGUGCAUAAAUGGUAAUCUGAGAUGUAGACUUAGCUUUUAAGAGUCUUUGCAUCUUUAUGCAUUCCUUUGCCUGAGAGAAUUCCUAAACAAUGUUUUCACGAGUACAUUUUUAAUUUUGGCAGAGCACUUGUAGUAUUUUUGUAUGGUAAUGACUUCCUGUGUAAUUUCGGGCCUCCCAGGUGAAAAAUCUCAAUUUUCAGAUUCAUGAUAACGUUUCCCGUCAUAAUGCAGAUCUGUUGUCAUAAUUGCCACAAGCAAACCUCUUAAUGUGUGUUAUGGGUGUGUUUUUUAUUGUUUCGGUUUGUCAUAGUUGAAUUUUUGAACGUCAGUGGUGAUGCAUUCACUGUUUGGGAAAAUGUACCUUUCCUAGUUUAUUAGGUAUGAUUUGAUUGUUGUUGGUUGAUUAUCUGUCAUUGUUUUGAUUGAAGUAGCAGAACAUGACCAAACCUUAAACAGUAGCAAUGCCGUGGAGAAGAUUUCUACAGUCGCCGUGAGCACUGACUCGCUCCUGUGUGUGUUUUCCGAGGGACUAAUUUCUUGGAUUUAAAAGCUUUAACGCUGCUGCUGCUUGGCUGCAGUUGCUUGUUGCGGGAGAUUAAAUAUUGAAAAGAUAUCAGGCUAUAGAUUUUGACGCUGGGGGUCUGAGUGUUUUUUGCUUGAAGCUUGAGUAGGUCGACGACCUGUUGUGCAUGCACCAACAGAAAGUCCGUACACAACCCGGACUCCAGGGUGAACUGGAUUGAGAGCCUCUGGUCAUGCCUCUCCAGUGAACCAGAUUUAGCUGCGUGUGGUGAGACCGGGAUUCGGGAGAGUGUGGGAAUGGUGUGCGUCCCGUCCCCGGGUCCGGGUACUGCCCUCUGCACACGGAGGCCUGUGUUUCUGUGCAGGGAAAGGCUCUGUGCUGCCCACUGUGUAUAACCACCAGACUCCUGUGUGUUCAGUUCGUUUUCUCUGCACAUACUCAGUGUGCAAACAAUCAGGCUGUACAUGCAAUGCUCAGACCUCUGUCGUCUCUCUUUUUACAGACAAGUUAGUCUGGCUGCAGGACAGGGCAGUGGCAGAAAAAAGUGCAUUUUUUUUGUCUUCUGUUUAACAGUUCAGUGGGCCGUCUUAUGCAUGGAUAUGCACCGUAGCAGAGGGCAUGCACUGGAACGCAGUCUCAAAAUGGGGAUUUUCUUUUGUUAGCAGGUCAUUUUAACAGCGAUACACUGGAGCGUCCGUGACUACAGAGUCUGUUUUUGUGUUGCAGGCAUUUCACAAUGGUCUGUUAACCUCCGUGAAAACAGAACAGGAUUUCUAAUCCUGAGUCUUUGCUGUGAGCCUCGCUGGAACAAACGUAGUGUGUCUCGAUGCACUUAAGACUCGUAUUGUCAGUUAAUAUAACAGUAAUGUUAUUUUUGUGUUCACCUCAUCCACAAAUAUUCCCUUUUUAUUAACAUUUUGGUUGUUCCAGGGCACUACGAAUUACAUCCAGCUUCAAGUCAACCCGCAGCAUUGUUUGCCCUGCAGUUUGGGUAAUAAUUUCAGCAAAUGUUUUUUUUUUUUUUUUUUUUUUUCAAUCCUCGUAUGAGUCGGCGAUGUGGAAACAUUUUUAAAUUGCCUGAGAGCAAAAAAAAAAAAAAACAUUUGCUUAAAUGUGUUAAUAGGGGGGGAACGUUCUACAGGUACAGAAUUAAUCUGGGCCCCGCUGAGUUGCUUAUUGUUUCUAGUGUAGUUUUUCCCGGGAAUAUUGCGCAGAGUUUCUAACUCUCUUCUCUUCGCUCCUAAGUUUGAACGCCUCGAUCUGGCCUCUGAGUGUGUGCCUCUGUUUGGCCCCGUCACUGUAGAUUAAGGAAGCAGUGUCAUAACAGCUGGGUGGCAAUACCAGGUAGAGUGACGCAUCCUAACGUAAGCACAUCAAUUAUGGCCUCCUGAGGGUGUUUAGGGGGAUCCCACGGGUGUUCUGAGAAAGUUCUGUGUGGGUUUUUCAGCAUGGGGGGGGGGGGGGGGGGUUUCCACUGAGAUUCGGAAUGUGUCUGUACAGGGAAUGUGCCUCUUGGUGUGACUUUGCAUGCAAACUAAAACAAACCCUGCCGCCAUGUCCUGUGUCCUUCUACUGCCUCUACCUGAACAAAAAAAUAAAUAAAAUAGUAAUGAUGAUAAGACAAAUAAAGCACGCUAUGUUUUUCGGUUUCUGUCGAACGAUGUUUGGGCUUUUUGAUACUGAAGUUUUGCAUGGGACCAUUUCCUUGAGAGGAUAAGACCACUCUUUGUAUAAUAUCGCAAGUAAUAACUGAUUAUAUAUUUACAAUAAACUUGAGUAUGGGAAGAA